UUUCUCUUUAUCUCAGUACUUGUUUAUUGAACCUACUACUCUAUUCUGCAAUUGAUUAAUUGAUUUUUAAAAAACCCAAAACUUAAGGAGUAAUAUGGAGAAAGUUGGUAAGAGAUUCAUAAAAAAGGUGGCCAUAGUUACCGCUUCCACUCAAGGAAUCGGAUUUAGCAUCGCUGAGCGUCUUGGUUUUGAAGGAGCUUCUGUUGUUAUCUGUUCUCGCAAGCAGAAAAAUGUGGACGAAGCAGUCGAGAAGCUCAAAGUUAAAGGGAUUGAAGUUCUGGGUGUUGUUUGUCAUGUAUCAAAUGCUCAGCAGAGGAAGAAUCUGAUAGAUCAGACUGUUAAGAAAUACGGUAAAAUUGAUGUGGUUAUCUCUAAUGCAGCAGCUAAUCCCACUGUGGAUGGGAUUUUAGAAACAACAGAAUCUGUCCUAGACAAGCUAUGGGAAAUAAAUGUGAAAGCUUCUAUUCUUCUCCUUAAGGAAGCUGCUCCGCAUCUGACGACCGGCUCAUCAGUUGUCUUUGUCUCGUCAAUUGCUGCUUACCAACCUCAGGCUACAAUGGCUAUGUAUGGAGUGACCAAGACAGCUCUUCUUGGACUUACAAAGGCAUUGGCAGUUGAGAUGGCCCCAAAUACUCGUGUCAAUUGUGUUGCCCCAGGUUUUGUACCAACCCAUUUUGCCGAAUUCAUCACAAGCAAUGAUUCAGUUAAAAAAGCUAUUGAGGAGAAGACGUUACUUAAUCGGCUUGGAACCACAGAAGACAUGGCAGCUGCAACCGCCUUUUUGGCUUCUGAUGAUGCUUCUUAUAUCACUGCAGAAACAUUGGUGGUAGCUGGAGGAAUCCCUUCCCGACUAUAAUCACUCUAGCUUUUAUCUUCUUACAUUGGCAUUUAGCACACCUAAUACUGAAUAAGGAACCAUUAAUAAAAGCAUACGACGUCUAUGUUUCAAAAUAGCGUGGCCUAUUUUGAUAUUGCACGUUUUUUAGGUUCUCAUUCGGCUUAGAGCAUAAGCAAUGGGGUUGGUUUUUGUUGGUCUAGGAAAAAGUAAAGCUAGCUUUACUUAGUUUUUUUUUUGGUAAACAUGGCAUUUCAUUUAUUACCUACAGUUAAACAUAUUACAAUCCAAAAGUAGUUAUUCCGAACAAUAACUAGGGGGGAAGGGGGAAAAUUCUAGUUACAACGCUAUCUACAUCCAUGGUCCUACACGAUUUUGACA